UGCUGACUUGUGGACAGAAUUGCAGGCCACAAUUUGCUGCCAUCGCUACGUAAUGGCCGGUAAUUAGCAAUCCAGUUGGAAGUUCCGUGUAUCCAUGGGAUGGUUGCCUAAACACUGCUCACAUAUUGACGAAAGCGUGUGAUCAACCAGGGAAUGCUUGGUUGUCUGGAGCUAACUUCCUGUAGAUAAGUCAUGGGAAGGUGCUAGCAUUAGAUGGUGGCUGAAUGCAUGACUGUUGGAGCAGACGUCAACUUGUACCUGGUGCCGUCUGCUUGUUGUAAUUUGGAUACUGGGUGUUGAUUGGAGGAGGUGGACUUGUGUUGGGCACAAGAGCAUCGGUAGAGUGUGCUUGAUGUUCUUGAGGUGACGAGAAGAUGGGGUCAUCUGCCGACGAUACGUGCAGUUCUCGCUCCGCUGACAACCACACUGUCACCUACAUCCUGUAUGCGGAGUAUGCUGGGAUACCCGACAACUUGAUCAUCAAUGUUAUAGCGUGGGUGGUGCUGUUGUUGCUGUUCACCAUACUGAGGAAGAUAGCGUGGGACUACGGCCGCAUCGCUCUCAUCAGCCGCACCGAGGAGAAUACCCCUGUGAAAACUGGUGACACUGGAUACAACGUAUGGACGUCUUUGUUUUAUGGAGAGCAUGACCAGCGGUCACUGAUCGGAUCACAGGAUUCACUGGACACAACGAUCCACUCUCAGGACAAGGGGCUGUUUUCCUGGAUUCCUGCAUUCUUCAGGGUCAAAGAUAUCGACAUCCUUCACAAGUGCGGGAGGGAUGCCGUGCAGUAUCUGUCCUUCCAGAGGUACCUACUGGUGUACCUGGUUGUCAUCUGCGUGUUGUCCAUCGCUGUUGUCUUGCCAGUCAACUUCCAGGGACACAUCAUUGGGAAUGCGUCUGACUUUGGCCAUACCACCAUUGGCAACAUCGAGUCCGACUCGCCCCUGCUGUGGGUACAUGCCCUACUGGCUGUCAUCUACCUGUUGCUGGUCGUCUUCAUGCUCAGACACUUCUCUGUCAACCUAGAGUUUGAUGAGGAUGAACAAGUAUCUCGUACCUUGAUGAUAUCCAACAUCCCCACCAACAAAUGCUUCGCAAAUAUCAUGAAGCAACAUUUCAGAGAGGCGUAUCCCCAAGUGGCUGUGAUCGAUGUGUCAUUUGCCUAUAAUAUCUCUUCACUCAUCACCAUGGACAAGGCAAGACAACUGGCAGCGGAGGCGAGGAUCUUCUCGGAAGCAGAGCUGAAAAAGACAAAUACACGCCCAUUAAUGAGGCCUCACAUGUGUGGCAUGCUGUGUUGUUGUUGUAAACAGGUUGAUGCUAUAGACUACUAUACUGAUGAGGAGCGGAGCCUCACGGAGAUGUGUGACAAAGAGAAGGCUGUAGCCUACCAGGUAGCCCUGGGGAUUGCCUUUGUCACCUUCCAGCAGGAUCACAUGGCGGAGAAGAUCCGAGCUGAUUUCCGUGCUAACUGUAAAGGCUCCCACAACCCCCAGACGUCCAGUGUGUACUGGGAACUCAACGUCCACGACUGGCAGGUCAAAUUUGCUCCUGCGCCAGAAAAUAUUUAUUGGGAGAACCUGUCUAUUGCCCCGUGGCAGUGGUGGCUGCGAGCUAUCCUCAUCAACACCAUCCUGGUCUUCUUGCUCUUCUUCCUCACCACACCAGCCAUUCUCGUCAAUGUCAUGGAUCAGUUCAACUACAAGAAAGCAUUUGAAGAUCUACAUAGUCCCCUGUUGGUGCAGUUCCUUCCCACCAUGCUGCUGCUGCUGUUCUCGUCACUGCUGCCCAAUCUUGUCUACUAUUCCGACCAGUACCUUGGACACUGGACGAAGACAGCGGAGCACCAUGCAGUGAUGAGGAAAACCUUUAUCUUCUUGCUGUUGAUGGUUCUUAUUCUCCCAUCUCUUGGACUCACCAGCGCCAGGCAUUUUUUUGAGUGGGCCCUGACAGAAAAGAACCAGACGAUGAGAUGGGAAUGCAUUUUUCUGUCCGGCAAUGGUGCUUUCUUUGUCAACUACGUGACAACAGCUGGAUUUAUUGGCACUGCCCUACAUCUCAUCCGAUUUUCUGAGCUGUUUUUGUAUGUCAUCAAAUUAUGCAUGGCUCGAUCAGCUGCUGAGAAGUCUGCUGUUAGGAAGAAUGUGUUAUGGGACUUCCAGUUUGGGUGCCAGUAUGCGUGGAUGCUGUGUAUAUUCGCCAUCACUGUUGCAUACAGUAUACCAUGUCCUCUAGUGACUCCUUUUGGUUUAGUUUACCUUGGCUUCAAGCACCUGGUAGAUAGAUACAACAUAUAUUUUGCCUACAAACCUUCUAAAAUCAACAAGCACAUACAUGCCUCAGCUAUAAACUUUGUGGUCAUAUCGGUCAUCUUGCUGCAAGUCAACAUCGUCUUCUUCACUGGGCUUCGAGCAGGCUACACCAGUCCGGUGUUCAUCUUCUCUUGUGUGGCCUUAUUCAUCACGCUCCUUGUGUUCAGUGGCAGGAUUGGCUUUGGCUGGUUCAAACACCUCAGUCCUAUCAAAUACAGGACUGGCUUAGAUGGGCCUGAUUUCUCUGAGUACCAGCACUUUGCAACUGAUGACUCUGCAGCAGGAGAAGGAGCCCCCAAGCCAUUUGUUGCUGGUGUGCUGCUGGAGAGAGAGGAGAGCAACGGGAAUAGUUCCUGGACAGCAGCAUCCUAUGGAGCAAUGGAUAGACCUGUGGACUCUGACAUGUCCGUUAAUCGAGAUGAUCAACAGGACGACUGACAUCACUCAACAGCUGUCAUGGCAUAAUGAAAUGUGUGUGCAAGCUGUACGGAAUGGAUUCCAGCUUGAGCUGAAAUGUUUAUGGUCUUGUUCAAGAAUUUGUGCUAUUUGAAAAAGGAAACUGAUUAGGAACACUGCAAUCUAUUUACCUGUUCUUGUGAAAGUCUUACAUAAUAUUGUAAAUAUAUAUAAGCUAUAGGUGAAAAACUUAAAUCCCUGUCUGGGAUUAACUUAUGUGAAUUUCUUGAUCAAGUUUAUUCCCACUGUAGUUCCCUACUGACACAUCAAAAGAAACUGGCUCUUUAAUUUGCGUAUACUGAAACUUGUUUUGGCAGCGAGAGGAAGUGAGUUUUAUUUCUUACACAGCUGAAGGAAGACAGUUAUUUCAUCAAUGUUUAGAGAUAUGUGUUAUCAAUACAAUUGAAAAAACUUAUUCUUGGAAUAUAUGUGAAUAUGUUUUCCAUUGUGACAGAUCAUACUGUAUACUACAAAGAGUCAAGAGAAGGGUAAUCAUAGGAGUUUCAUAUGAAUAAGUCAACUUGAAGUUAUGUAAAUGAAAAGUGAGGAAAAGAUUCAUGACACUGAACCAAGGGGUACUGAGAGUUAUUUAAUGCUAUGAUAGCUUUGACAAGCUAUGCAACUUUGGAAAUAUAUACAAAACAGUAGCUAGACAUUAGUUUAGGAUUUCCUGUAUCAAAGGCUGCAAAACAUAUCCACGUGUUAUUGCUAAUCAAAGGAGGAAAUCCCAAAUGAAAGGUCCCAGUAUAUAUACAAAUAGAUACUGAAUAGAUAGGUAUAUCAAUGUUUUAGGUUCUUUCAUUUAUUUCUGAAAUGAAGACCAAUAUCUAUGUAUCUUGCUUGAGGAUUUUUACCUCAUUCAACUUAGCCAUUAUGUUCAUUCUGUGAAAAAAUAUGCUCAAACUGAGAGCAUAGAUAGUUUAGUUUAAGCUGGAGAAAAACAUUUGACAUUGUUAGCAUAUAUUAGGGUCUAGUUACAUUACAAACAAAUCAAAUGAAAACAGAGGUAAAUGAAAAAUAGAAGCUAGCAACAUUGGGAUAAGAUUGAAGCUUCAUUAGCAUAAUAUGAGGGUAAUAAUUUUCAGAAGUAUGCAAUUAGUUUGCUAAAUACAUGAUUAGAAGAAAUGCACAGUGUAUAUAUCAAAAUGUGGAGCCGUGAAACAUUCAUAUGGUCCGGGUACUUAAAUGCCCUUGAGAGAAAACUACUGUGAUGUGUGAAAUGGUUUAUUAUGACCAUCACAAAAAGGGAUAAGGAUUACUUUCAUGUUAAAUCAUCUUGAAAAUAAUGUAUUCUUGUACUUGUUGCAUGACCCUUUGUACAAAGUGUGCUAUCUCCUGACAUGAAACUAUUCCAAUGUCAACUUAAAUAAGGACCAACAAUGUUACGUCUCCAUUCAUCCUUCGCUGUAAAUCCUAUCACAAAAUUCAAUUUCUAAAAUUUUCCCUAUGAAAAUUAUUUAUGAUUGUUGCAGAUGACUGUUCUGAAAUUUCUUAUUCAAUUAUAUACUAGUAUACAAAUGUAUAUUCACAUGACAUUAUGUCACAAUGGUACAACAGGUUGUGACUGAUCAUUUUGUCCCCACCGAACAAUCAUCACAUGCAUCAUGUGAUGCUCUUUAAGGUCACAGGAAUAAGUCGGUGUAAAUUUUAGUUUAGAUUGUCUAUAUUCCAUACCAUCAUGUUGUGUUUAAGCAUGUCAUAAUUGUCUUGUCAGUCUGAUGUAACAUGAUACAACAUAUGUUUGGUUACAAAACAUGCAAUGGCACAUGCUUCCAUUUAAUAGUGUUUUGGAGUAACACUUGUGGUUUGUAAUCCUGCUUAGGUAAACGGUAUUUUUCAGAAUUAUGUGUAUGGAUGAUGUGAAUGUGCUCUUGUUGAGAACUUGAACAAAUCUGCAUUUGUACUUUCAUACCAUAUGUACAUUAUUCUAAAAAACGCUAUUAAUUUAGAUUUCUUAACACUUCUAUUCCAAUAUGCCCAUCAUUGAAAGACUGAAAUAUUAACACAUCAAAAUGGGAACACCUAUAAAAAGAUUAUUAUUAACCUUUACCGUCUUUCUUAACUGUAAUUCUCUUUUAUGAAAGUAUUUGGUAAAAAUGAUGUACGAACAGUAGAUGACAAACAGAUAUGAUAAAUGUUAAUGGAAGUGUUCAAAAUUAAGCAUGAAACGCUUGGAUCCUUGUCCCUAAUGUUAAAAGUUAAAUAUAAACAGGGUUCUUGGAUUCAAAUACUAUAGAAGCGAACCCCAUUGACACCCAGACACCCUUAAUUUCGAACAAUUGAUUAUACAUAUUACAGUGAAGUGAUUAAGAUCUUUAACAAAUUGUCCUCAAGCUGAAGUUGUAUUGUGUACUUGUAAAACAGUCUCUGAAGUAUAACUAAUAUGAUGUAUCACAUCAUUUUUCUGUUGCUUUAUCACCAGUGACAUUUUCAGUCAAUGACAGCUUAUCUGUAUUCAAGUCUUGUAUACACUCUCAUCAUAAAAUUGUCCUUACCAGUGGUCCGUUCACUCAUUGAAUGUACUGCUUCUGCUGCUGAUGUUUGCUAGGUUUGAUGUUCUUAACAUAAAACACAUUAGUUUUAUGUUAUUUAUGUAUAUUAUAGUUUGUGUGCAAUAGAUUAAUUAUUGUCAUCUAAACUAUAUUUAACGGUGGUGUAAAUAAUCAAAGUCUAUGAUUUAUCAAUAACUGGGAUUCAACAUGAUGAUAACUGUGCGGUUUCAACUGUGAUAGCAUGUUGUAGAUAUUGAGGAUAUAGUGUUAAUGUAUUUAUUAUUUAUUAUGAGUUGGGGGCGGUGGGGUAGCCUAGUGGUUAAAGCGUUUGCUCGUCACGCCGAAGGCCCGGGUUCGAUUCCCCACAUGGGUACAAUUUGUGAAGCCCAUUUCUGGUGUCCCCCGCCGUGAUAUUGCUGGAAUAUUGCUAAAAAUGGAGUAAAACCAUACUCAGUCAGUAUUAUGAGUUGUUUUUCUGUUGUUUCUAAUGGUCCAUAUGUCAGUACACAUAUAUUUGUUUAAAGGAAUUCAAGAAAGUAUUGACAAAGAUACUUUCAAGCCUCUAAUUAUAAUACUGUAACCCAUUGCAAUGAAGUUAUUAAUGUUUUUACAACAUACAAUUUUGUUGUAUCAGGAUAGUAGGUUCAAUACAUUUAAGUCAGGAGUUGCGUGGCUGCAACUCUAAGCUGUGGGAUACUAUUCAAGCAACAAAAGUUAACUCACCAGGGCCAUCCAGCCCAGGGGAGAUAGUGUAUUGACUUUGUGUCUGUUGUGACUUCACAUAAUGUGAUACAGUUUGACUAGAGACUGUUCAUAUGAAAUGGAGAUACUGCAUUUAGUGUCAAAUUGACCUUUAAAUAUCAUAUACAAUAAGUCUUAUUUUGCCUUUCAUAGUAUCUAGCUAAACAUGAAACAAAAUGAUGCAGAUGAACUACAGAGACCUUGGCUGUAUUUCUCCUUUCUUGCCACCCUAAGUGCAAUUCUUUACCACAGAUACAAUAUAGUAUAUGGUUGUUACAAAAGUGACUGUACAGAAUUAUGAAACAUGACAUUUUCAGCUUUUCAAAAUUGAGUUGAUUAAGAACCAAAUUAUUCUAUUGAUAGCCUCUGUGAAAUAAAGUAGCUAAAUCAUAUGAUUAAAUCCAGUUCUGUUUUGAAUUUCUUGAUGAACCAAAUUAUGGUAAUUCUAGAUGGAAUGUAACCCAAUUUUCCUAUGAAUGUGAAUUUACCUGAUAAUUAUCCUUUUCAUAUGACAAAAUUGCUGUCUUCAUUGUUGCUGUAAGAGCAACUUUAUUUUUAAUUUAGUACCACUUGACAUUUGCUAAAAUCAAAUUAGAUUAGUGUUUCAAAGCAUUGUUUGCAUGUUUUGUAUCUAUUAGUUAUCUAUUACUGAUACAAUUUCCAUGAUCAACUGCAUGCAUAAAUUUUUAAAUAAUUUCCUGAUACAUUUUUUAUCACAUUUGUUGUAGUAUUUGAAAUUCAGUGAGAUUUGAAAAAAUUAAAUUCAGUGUAUACUUGUCCAUUGUUAGACAUCUUAUGUGUUAUUGACAUGUACAUUUUGAAGUUUGUUUAUAUUUAUUUGUUUUGGUGUUGUAACAUUAAUAAAUCUAUCUUCCAUGUA